CCUCCAUUACACGCCAUAUACCAGAGUUACUCUCUCUCUCUCUUGUUUCUCUCUCUAGAAUCUUUAAAAGGCAAAGUCACCCCCACACUCCCAACAUUUACUAUACUGGCUCUACCUAGCAUGGAGUCCUUCAGUCUACUCAAGUACUGGCGCUCCGGUGGAUCUACCACCACCGCCACCGUCUUCACCGCUGACUCCGCCGCUAGUGCACGUCCCACCUCCACCAAGACCAUCGUCACCGCCGCCGCCGAGGUCAGCCCUUACUCCUCCGACGACGGCGAGGAGGGCCCGUACUUCGACCUCGAAUUCGCACUCCCUGAACCAGAUAGCGACGCCGACGAAAACCCAUCGGAGAAAUCACAAGAAACAGACGACGACGAAGAUGAAACUGAAAGUGGGUCUGACGAAGAAGAAGAACAAGAAGAAGGGGAGCUGAAAUUUGCUCCGGCAAACGACGACGGUUGUAGUACGGAUCAGAAUGCGGCGUUUUCGCCGGGUAGUUUGGUUAAAAUUGACGAGAAUUUCAAGUUCCCUGUUUCCUUGGUGAAAUCGGCGACCAAAUUUAGGGUACUUCUGCUGAAAUUCAAGAAAUCGAAACCCAGUAAUAAUGGAGACGAGGCCGAUGUUCAGGCCGUACUUUCUUCCCCGAAGAUUGUAGAGAGAGAAAGUACUCAUGGAAAACUCAACCGCAAGUUUCUCGCCGUGAAAUUUAAGGUUGAUGAGGUGCCCUUUGUAUCUCUCUUUACAAGAGAAACCAGCUCCAAACAAACCAUUCAUGGCGGCGGAAGCCUGAAAAAUAGCAGCGCCGCCGCCGUCGUGGAAGAUUCCGAUGAGAAGAAGUUGACAAAAGAUCAAGUGGUGCACAAGUACUUGAAAAUGGUGAAACCCUUUUACGUUCGUGUUUCCAAGCUCAAGUUUGCCGGGCACGGCGGAGGUUCCAAGGCCUGCACGGCGGCGGCGCCGAGUAAUGUGAAGACCCACCCGAAGCAAGGGAACAACAAUCUGCAAGCAGGGCUAGAGGUAGUGAGGAAGCACUUGGGAAAAAGCCGGUCGGCGUCGGCCGCCGUAGCGGCGGCGCCGCCUCCUACUGCCUCGAACCGCCGCCGAGACGACUCGCUGCUGCAAGUGCAGGACGGGAUCCAAGGCGCCAUUCUGCACUGCAAGAGAUCGUUCAACGCCGCCGCUGCCGGAGAUGUGGAAUCUUCGUCAAUCUUAAGCCGUUCAGUGAGUGAUCCAUCUUAUGAAAAGUCUGUGAUGAUGCAAAAAGCUUCAUCAUCAUUUUCCGAGGAAGCUAAAUAGAUUAAGAUUUAAUUAAUUAGUAAUUAGUAAUUAUUGUAAGUAUUAAUUAGUAUUUUAUUAUUAUUAUUAUAUAGGAGAAAACUAGCUAGUGUAGGUCAAAGUGUGUACUGCAAUUAGUAGCCAUGGAAAAAGGAAAGCACUUUCGGUUAUGGUCCUUUUGUUUUGGUAAAUAACACUUGAACCCUCGGUUUGAAUUUUUUGCAUAUGACCUGGUCAGUAGGUCCUCUUAUAUUUUUAAUAUUAGC